AUGGGACAGAUCUGUAAAUUAGCUUCAACUCCUGAAAUAAAUACAUAUAACGAUGUUAAUCAUAUUUAGUAGAUGACUUACUAAGAUGAAGUUCCAUAUGAGGAGUAAGAAAAUAAAAUAAGUGAAUAAAAUUAAUCUUUUUUCCCUGGCAAUCAAUUAUCUAUGCAAUUGUCAUAAACACCAGAGUUUAGUUUACCUCCUCAAUAGACUAAAUUAUAUUCUCAACAAGACAGUCAAUACACUCCUGAAUUUUUAGCUCUAAGUUAACCUUUAUAAUAAUAAAUGAAUAUAUAUUAAUAAUAAUUUUGA